UCUCUUUCGUCGAUUCCUCUUUUCUCCCUCUCUAUUUGAACCAUCUCUCUGAAAAAAGACAGCUUCUUCUCUCCAACCAGAAAUCCGAAAUCCAGCUUCCUGAAAGAAAUCGAAGAAUCUGAGACGGAAUCCAAACGAUCUUUCAUCCGUUUCUUCAGCAUCGACAGCUUUAGUUUGCACCGAUGACGAGGAUAAGCCGUGAUUUUGGGGAUAAAAUGCAGAGGGAUGUAUUCCUUUCGGUUUCAGUUGAUGUAAGUUUUAUUUCAAAUAAGUUCCCAAACUAUAAAAUAGGAGCCAAUGAUCGCAUUGUGGAGCCGAAGGAGACUCCAGAGGCACCAUCCAUGAAGGAAGUCGUUGCUCGUGAAACUGCCCAGUUGCUAGAGCAGCAAAAGCGUCUGUCAGUUCGUGACCUUGCUAGUAAGUUUGAGAAGGGGUUGGCAGCUGCUGCUAAGUUGUCUGAUGAGGCUAAGUUCAGAGAGGCGGCUUCAUUGGACAAACACGUCCUUCUAAAGAAGCUCAGGGACUUACUAGAAUCAUUGAGAGGUCGUGUGGCCGGUCGAAACAAGGAUGAUGUGGAGCAGGCUAUCUCUAUGGUGGAAGCUUUAGCAGUUCAAUUGACUCAUAGGGAAGGAGAGCUACUUCAAGAAAAAGCAGAAGUGAAAAAGUUAGCAAAUUUUCUUAAGCAGGCUUCAGAAGAUGCUAAAAAAGUGGUUGAAGAGGAAAGGGCUUUUGCUCGUGCUGAAAUCGAAAGUGCUAGAGCAACAGUUGAGAGAAUUGAACAGGCCCUUGAGGAGCAAGAACGGAUGUCAAGAUCUUCUGAGAAGCAGGACAUGGAAGAAUUAAUGAAGGAGGUUCAAGAGGCUCGAAGAAUUAAAAUGCUGCAUCAACCGAGCAAGGUUAUGGACAUGGAGCAUGAACUUAAAGCAUUACGAGUCCAGCUUCGGGAGAAAUCUAUGUAUUCACUUCAGCUCCGGAAAGAGCUGGCAAUGAGCAAAAGGCUUGAGGAAAAUAAAUCCCAUUUGUAUGAAUUAGAUGGUUCUGAAACUUUAGGUUCCUGUUUACGGAUCGUUCCUUGCACGGAUAGCACUCCAGAUAUUUCGAAAUGUUCUAUUCAAUGGUUUCGCAUAUCACCUGAAGGAAGCAAAAAGGAAAUGAUUUCAGGUGCCACAAAAUCUUCUUAUGCUCCAGAGCCUUAUGAUGUUGGGCGAUAUUUGCAAGCAGAAAUUGUUUCAAAUGACCAAAGAGUUGUAAUAACUACCACUGGCCCCAUAGAUCCUGCUGCAGGAUUGGGUAGCUAUGUAGAGGCACUUGUAAGGAAAGCUGACACUGAGUUCAAUGUGGUUGUCACUCAGAUGAAUGGACAUGAUCAUCCUUCACAUUCAAUAUAUGUGUUUCAUGUGGGAAAGAUGAGGAUAAGACUCCGUAAAGGAAUGAUUACAAAGGCCAAAGAACCUUACUCCUCUUCAAUGCAGCUGUGCGGAGUUAGAGGGGGUGGCAAUGCUGCAGCUCAGGCAUUGUUCUGGCAACCAAAGAAGGGGCUUUCAUUUGCAUUGGCCUUUGAGUCCGAGCGAGAAAGGAAUGCAGCAAUUAUGCUUGCCAGGAGAUUUGCCUUUGAUUGUAAUAUCAUGCUUGGUGGGCCGGGUGAUCGAUCCGCUGUGGGAACCCAGUAAAAGUUGACCGCCUUCUCCUUUGUACUAAUGUAACUGUAAGUAUGUUGAGGUUUCAGAAGUUUGUGCAUUUGUAUGUUUGUCGCAGUGAAAAAAGAGAACAUGUUUUUUGUAUUUGUAAAAUGAGGCUUCCACUAUUCUGGUUGCGCCUCAAACAACAAAGGCAUCCUUUUUAUUUUGCCUUCUUGUCUCUCUUAACUACUCAUACAGCUUCGGUUUGAAUGCUUGAUUUUGUAGUACAUCUCUGAUUGCUGAUUUAAAUGUGGAAUGACAGUUUUGAGCAUUGAUACA